CGGCGGAAUGGUUGCGGACAGUCUGACAUUAGCUUACACAGACCCGCCACGGUACCCCGCGGAGCUGUAAAUAAACUGUAAAUAUCCAGUGUUUCAAAAUUCAUUAAAGAAGCGCCGAAUUGAUAUGGCAUUGCGGAUUCUGUCAUAAUUUUCAGCGGACGCAGAUAAUCUAUUGAAACAAAAUGAUCGAUCCCAGCUCAUCAGAAGAGGACAGUGAGGAUGAACACAAGAAGCAGACCGCGAAACUACCAGUCGUACCUCCCGGCUCGCUGGCAGGUGGAAGACCAUCAGUACGAGGCAAGCCUGAAAUACCUAGGGGUUCUACUGCCGGUCUACCUGGCGCAAGUCCUCUAACAACAGCACCUCUUGCCGCCCCCCUCCAUCCCGCAACCAGACAGAGGGAGGUGCAGGCUCUCGCCCCCCCACAACAUGCAUCGUUCCUUCGCAGGACGUCAACGGGAAGUGCCAGUUCUGGUGAGGCGCCAGCUCCAUCACCCAGCCCAUCUGGAACUAGUCAUUCAGAUAAAGACCAGGAUCCUCAGGAGAAAAUCGAAAAGAUAGAAGAAGACAAGAAGAGAAGAUUGCAACUGUACGUAUUCGUUUCACGAUGUAUUGCGCAUCCGUUCAAUGCUAAACAGCCAACUGAUAUGACGAGGCGCCACACCAAAGUUACCAUGCAUCAAUUGGAGACGAUUCAAGCAAGAUUUCAGGCCUUCCUUAAAGGUGAAACACAAAUCCUGGCUGAUGAAGCUUUCCAAAACGCAGUACAAGCAUAUUAUGACGUUUUCCUGAAAUCUGAAAGAGUUGAGCAGAUGGUUAAAGCCGGCGCAUGUACCCAUAACGAUUUCCGUGAAGUAUUUAGAAAUAAUAUUGAGAAACGUGUUAACGAAUGCAUUUUCAAAUCCCAAGCUGAAAUAGAUGGUUUAACAAAAGACACGGUCGUAACCACUUGGUUGGCGAAACUCGACUGCAUCAUGAAGGGAACGGGAAUACCAGGCAUACCAGGAGACGAUGAAUCGAAGCGGCCAUCUCGAGCCCAGCAGCAGAGCCUGAACGCUGAGUGCAUCCUGAGCAAGGAACAGCUAUACGACAUGUUUCAGCAGAUCCUGGGGGUGAAGAAGUUCGAACACCAGUUGCUUUUCAACGCCUUACUUCUGGAUUCGGCUGAUGAACAAGCGGCAGCCAUCAGAAGAGAAUUAGAUGGCAGAAUGCAGAAAGUCAAUGAAAUGGAGAAGAACCGGAAGCUGAUGCCGAAGUUUGUUUUGAAAGAAAUGGAAUCGCUCUACAUCGAAGAACUGAAAUCCUCCAUCAAUAUGUUGAUGGGCAAUCUUGAGUCUCUGCCCGUCUCUAAGGGCGGAGCAGACUCAAAGUAUGGCCUUCAUAAAAUCAAGCGGUAUAAUCACAGAAAUGCUGGACCAGACCCGAGUCCAAGGUUGAGUAAGCAGCUAUGUUUCAGAUCACAAGGAUCUCUAGCAAACAAGCUGACCGGCGAGGGCGACAGCGGAGACGUCGAUACUCAGCUGACAAAAAUGGAUGUGGUUCUUACUUUUCAAAUCGAGGUAGUGGUUAUGGAAGUUAAAGGCCUUAAAUCUUUAGCGCCCAAUAGAAUCGUCUAUUGUACUAUGGAAGUGGAAGGGGGUGACAAACUACAAACUGAUCAGGCGGAGGCAUCGAAACCAAUGUGGGAUACCCAAGGGGACUUCAGUACAACUCAGCCGUUACCAGCUGUCAAAGUGAAACUCUACACUGAGAAUCCAGGAGUCCUCGCUUUAGAAGAUAAAGAAUUAGGAAAAGUUGUUCUGAGACCUACUCCUCUAUCAAGCAAGGCACCAGAAUGGCAUCGUAUGACGGUACCGAAGAAUCUACCUGACCAAGACCUGAGGAUCAAAAUAGCCUGCAGAAUGGAUAAACCCCUGAAUAUGAAGCAUUGCGGCUACCUUCAUGUCAUCGGCAAAGCAGUAUGGAGGAAAUGGAAGAGAAGGUACAUGGUGUUGGUGCAAGUCAGUCAGUACACCUUCGCACUCUGCUCGUAUAAAGACAAGAAGUCUGAGCCUGCUGAAAUGAUGCAACUUGAUGGGUUCACUGUUGAUUAUAUUGAAUUGGCCAGUGCUCAACUUAUGGUCGGUCAAGAACUCGAAGGCGCGAAAUAUUUCAUGAACGCCGUCAGGGAUGGUGAGUCAGUUCUCAUGGGGGUGGGUGACGAGAACGAGUGCCACUUGUGGGUGAUGGCGCUCUACAGGGCGACUGGACAGAGCCAUAAGCCCACACCACCUACCACUUCAGACACGCAUAUUAAGAUUAUGGGUGAUGCUGAUAAAGCUCGUAAACAUGGAAUGGAAGAUUACAUCCAGGCAGACCCUUGUCAGUUCGACCAUCAUCAACUAUUUUCCAUUCUGCAAUCUCUGACGUUGAAAUAUCGUCUUCAAGAUCCUUAUUGCUCCUUGGGCUGGUUCUCUCCUGGACAAGUUUUUGUCCUAGACGAGUAUUGCGCAAGAUACGGAGUACGAGGCUGCUACAGGCACUUGUGUUUCCUCUCCGAUUUGCUAGACGUGGCUGAAAGUGCGACGCAAAUGGUCGACCCCACGCUGAUGCACUACUCCUUCGCAUUUUGCGCAAAUCACGUUCAUGGGAACAGUACGGCCACGUUGCCUGGCAGGCCAGACGGUGUGGGCAGCAUCACGGUUCAGGAGAAAGAGAAGUUCGCUGAGAUCAAGGAAAGGCUGAAGGCGCUGUUGCAGCAUCAGAUUACUAACUUCAGAUAUGCGUUCCCGUUCGGACGGCCUGAAGGCGCUUUGAAGGCUACACUUCUUCUCUUGGAAAGGGUUCUAAUGAAGGAUGUUGUAACACCGGUAGCACCAGAAGACGUUCGAGCCAUGAUCCAGAAUUGCUUGGAAAACGCCGCGUUACUUAAUUAUACGACCCUAAGCCAAAAAGCUAAUAUCGAAGAGGAUCUACGUGGUGAUACUAUGGUGACGCCAGCGAAGAAAUUGGAAGAUCUCAUACGUUUGGCUGAACUCUGUGUUGAUCUUUUGCAACAAAACGAAGAACAUUAUGCUGAGGUUUAUAACGCAAAGUCGGAAUCAACCGGUCAACAAAAUGCAUUUGCGUGGUUCUCCGAUCUUCUUACGGAGCACGCGGAAAUAUUCUGGGCGUUGUUUGCUGUUGAUAUGGACAGGGUUUUAGCUGAACAACCCCCAGAUACUUGGGAUUCGUUCCCAUUGUUUCAAAUACUUAAUGACUAUUUACGCUCCGAUGGUAAGAUGAAAGAAACCCUGAGAAAUGGCCGUUUCCAUGAACACCUGCGCGACACGUUUGCGCCACUUGUGGUGCGAUAUGUGGACCUUAUGGAGUCGUCUAUUUCGCAGUCAUUACAUAAAGGGUUUGAAAAGGAACGCUGGGAAAUUAAAGGUAACGGCUGUGCAACAAGCGAAGAGUUAUUCUGGAAAUUGGAUGCUUUACAAAGUUUCAUCCGGGACCUGCACUGGCCUGAACCAGAGUUCCGUUCGCACCUGGAGCAGAGGCUCAAGUUGAUGGCCAGCGACAUGAUGGAGACCUGCAUACAGAAGACCGAGGCUGCUUUCCAGUCGUGGUUAAAGAAAAGCGUGACCUUCAUGUCGACGGACUACAUCAUUCCAGCAGAAAUCUGCGCCAUGGUGAACGUGGCCCUCGAUGCCAAGAACCAAGCGCUCAAACUCUGCGCCGUUGAAGGAGUGGACAUCUACCAGUACCAUGCUAAAAUGGAUGCCCAGAUCGAGACGUGUCUCCACGCGAUGGCGACGGGUAUGACCACGCGCCUCUCCGCCGUGCUCGAGGCCACGCUGGCUAAGAUCGCGCGCUUCGAUGAGGGGAGCUUGAUCGGGUCAAUACUGACCAUCGCCAACGUUUCCGGCUCCGGCAAGGACAUCGGCCAGGGAUACGUUAAUUUCAUGCGGAAUUCUAUGGAUCAGAUCAGAUCGAAGGUGACAGACGAGCUGUGGAUCCUCCAGCUGUUCGAGCAAUGGUACGGCGUGCAAAUGAACCUGAUCGGCAACUGGCUGCAGGAGCGGCCCGCGCUGCACCCGCAGCAGGUCGCCUGUUUGUCUAUCGUUGUUAAGAAAAUGUACAGCGACUUCGAGCUGCAAGGCGUCAUCGACGACAAGCUGAACUCGAAGACGUACCAGGCCGUGGCGGCGCGCAUGCACACCGAGGAGGCCACCUGCAGCCUGCUGCUCGCGCAACAGGAUACCGGCGGUGGAGACGAAGGAUCGGAAGAUGGUUCCAAGGCUGGAAAGUCCAAAUUGGAAUCCCUUACAGAAGAUGCGAAGCUUGGAAAUAUGUCUGCUGUCGUUGGAAAGGUCGGCAACAUGUUCGGGCGCGGGAUCGGAGAGUUAUCAACAAAGUUGGGAGGCGCUUCAUCUUGGUUUUAGCGUUUCAACUUUUUACAAACAUAUUAUGUCAUAUUCUAUUCUUUUGCAUUGUGUGACGUAAUAAGAUGAUCGAGACAUUCUUUAUUUUUAAAUUUCGAAAGUCGUUGUUAAUCGACUCACUGUGAUGUCAAAAUUCUAACAUUCAUUUGCAUUCGUCUUUAACGCGCCAUUUUAUAGUAUUCCGUGUGGAAAUGGCGGCACUUAAUCGUAAGCGAACGUAGCUUAGUUUAUCUAGUAUUAAAGUAGAUUUUAUUUUAUAAAAAGCUUUAUGUACAGUUAGUAAAUUCGUUUGGAGCAAAUAAUAUGUAUUAGGUGUGAAUAUAAGAGUAGUAUUUGAUAUCACAAUAAUUGAGUAUAAAAGUAUUUAGAUGUGGAAGCAUAUUAUAAUAUUAUUCUAAAGUAUAACACAUGCAGUGCUAACAAUAAUAAAACAUAUCGCUUUGUGCAAAAUAUAAUAACUUCGUUGUAAUCCAUGAUAAACAGUAUUUACAAAAAUAUUAUAAUUAUUUAACAUGGUAACAAUUUAUUGGGUCGGUGACGCGAAUGAAUGAAGAAAAUAUAUUUAAUUUCACCUGUUUUUUCUUAUAUAAUAUUCUAUUCAAAUAUUUUGUUAAUCCUUGUUACGAAAACUGUUUUGCUCAUCGAUAGUUAUAGCUAUAAACGUUUUUAAUAGUAAUUUAAUGACAAUUUUCAAAGCUACCAUUUUCUAUUCUAUAAAAUCAAUAUUUUUCUAAAGUAAGUAUUAAUGAAUUUCAAACAUUCUUUUAGAUCCUCCUAGCAUACUUAUUAAUUCAAAAUGUUCAAAUUCGUAUAUUUUUAAAAGGUUCUGUGAUCAAGCUAUGCAUGGCGCGAAUUACUUGUUAAAUGUCAACGGAAUCCGAACUGUGAUGCCAGCUAUAAUAUUAUAAAAAUUAAUGUUGUACAACACAGUCGUAUUAAUCUUUUAUAAAUAUACGAAUGUUUAAUAAUGUUUUGCUGUAGUUUAUAACUCAAUAGUUUCAAAUUCUCUAUUCUUAUAGAUCUAUUUUUUAAUAGAUCAAAUUUAGUCAUCAGUUUUACAUCGUACUUAAUACAAAAUAAUUAAUAUAGUUACAUUUGUUAACAAAAAUACUAUUCUUCUACGCUAUUAAAGUUACAAAUUUUGAAUGACUAGCGAAAAUUUAAAAAAAACUCUUAGAUAAAAUGUUACUCUUUAAAAUAGCGGUUAGAUACGCUGAUUCGCCUCUAUAACUUAUUUGGAAUGGCUCGUGGGGUUUAUGAUUCAUAUCAUUUCAUGAAACGAACAUAUUAUGAAAGUGCUUUUUGCUAUUGUUUAUUUGGGUACUCAGAAAGAAAAAAACGUUUCAUAAAAUAAAACCGUUAUAAACUAACAUUUGAAAAAACAUUCGCAAUCUCUAUUGUAAAAUAUCAAAUUGAGAUCUGAGUAUCCUAAUGUCUCUGUAAUAUUCAUCUAGGACCAAUGUAUUUUUGAUAAAUGCUGAAAUAAAUAUUGCCAUACACAAACAAUUUGCCUAAAUAUUUUUAACUAUUUUCACCAUAGAUAUUUCAUACUAUAACCACGUUUGCGCUAAUUCACUCUUUCACUUAUUUCCGAUUUUCACAUGUUCUUAAUAUUUCACUUGAGUUCUAUGUGUAGGAAUAUUACAUUUCACAUAUAUUAUAACAUUUUACUUUAAGCAUUUUAAUGUGAUAGAUAUAUAUUUUAAAGAUUAAACUCAGGAAAUAUGCUUAUUGAAUUUAAGACAUAAUAUUUCAAAUAAAACGAACUUUAAAAAUUUCAACGUAACCAGCUCUCCAUUACUACCGCUUGCUUACGAUCUAUUUAAACAGCGAAAUUGUCUCCUUGAUUUAGCAAGCGUACCUAGUUAAUUGUUUCUUUUUAAAUUCAAUUUACUAUUAUUUAAUUUCAUACUAUCAUCAUCAUUCGAGUACUGAGCUCAAUGGAAACGUCUUAAAUAAGUGCAUUAUGAGCCGACUGAAUUGAUAACAGAAUAAGCUUGUAUUUGUGUGACAUCUAAACUCGCGAUGUGUGUAAUUGAAACGUGCCUAAACAUUGAAUGAUCAACAUUGAAAAAAACAAAGAAAUUAUAGUUUCUACUCAACAAGCCAAUUGGAACAAUAAGCGCAUCGCGAGUGCAAAGAUACAAUAAUGUAUUUACAAUAAAAUGUUUACUGUUAA